AUGUCGAACCAGACAGUUCAAAACCACCAUGAGGGGGCUUACAUGUCAAUAAUGAGAGGCCUGCGGGAGCUGGACCUCCGUGGUCCCUGCGUUCCCAGUGACCUGGUUCUGAUCGGAGACCACUCCUUUCCUUUAGCAAUGAACAGUCGGGGGCAGGUUCUGAUGGCUGCCUCUCUGUAUGCUUGCGGGAGAAUUGUUGUCCUGGGUCAUGAGGGGUACCUGACAGCUUUUCCAGCGCUGGUAGAGAACGCUCUGACCUGGCUGAGGGGCGAAGGAUCCGAUAACCCCUCUGUAGGGGUGCACAAAAGUGUAAAGGCGGUCGCUGAAAACCUCAGCAGAUCCCACUUCCAGACAGUAGUGGCCGAGGCCUUUAGCACCAUGCUGGGAGUUGGUGUGUAUGUGACAGACGCGUACAGUGUGGGUGAUGACCCAAGAGACCUGGUGGCAUUUCUGAAAGCAGGGGGAGGGGUGCUGAUUGCGGGGCAGGCAUGGAGCUGGGCUGCAGAGCACCCAAAGGAGAACACCUUGCACCUGUUCAAAGGAAAUAGGGUGUCUGGCGUUACAGGGAUCUAUUUUUCUGAGCAUCCUGGUGAGGUGGAGGCCCUACCUGUCUACCCACAGAUCCCAUCCUCCUGGAUGUCCAUAGUAAUUGGUAAAGAUUUUGAGGAUGACUUGGAGUUCCUACUCCAGGGGGUGUCAGAGUUUACAAUCCCCAAUGGGCUUUUAGCCUCUGAGGUUUUGGUCCAUGGCCAACUAGCCUUCCCAAUCGGGACGGCAGACAGUGGACGGGCAUUCUUGGCAGGAGCCUACUAUGGGCAGGGCCGAGUCAUUGUGGUGACACAUGAAGGACUCCUCCAGAAUGAGGCGAUGGCUCCAUUCUGGAACAAUGCUAUUCACUGGUUGGAUGAAGGCCGCCGGGGGGUUGUUGGCGGGGUGCUCGAUCAUGCCCUUCAAAAUCUCAGCAAGGCAGGCCUGAAGUGUGAGAAAACAGGCUUCAGAAAAGACCUGAGCGUGUUUGUGUGCACAGCGUACAGUGGCGACCACGUGGAAGAAAUCCAAAACUUUGUUGCUGAGGGUGGAGGCCUCCUGAUUGGCGGACAUGCUUGGUACUGGGCACAGACGCACUGUGGGCAAAACCCAUUGACCGAUUUCUCAGGGAACAAAAUCCUGAACAAAAUGGGCUUGAGCCUGUUGGGAGCAACAAUACCAUCAGGAACAUACAAAACUCCCACUCCCAGCCAGGCCAUAAAAGACAACUACCACUUCCGCCACCUUCUACACCGUUUCGCAAGCCAUGUGACAGCAGGGGAACAACUCAGCAAACGUGAGGAGGAGCAUCUGAAAAAGCUGGGCAACGACUGUGCCACCUACCUGAAAAUGAAUGCGCAUGACUGCUGCUUCUACAACCAGGUGGUGUCCACACUCACAGACAUCUUGAAGAGGUCGGGAAUGCCACAGGUGAGUGACAGCUGCCCUGUCAACACUCCCAAAGACCACCUCCUUCUCAAUGUGGGGACAGAGGUGUAUAAGGUUUGCCCCAACCCAGACGCACUCCUGCCCUACCUCAUCCAGCAUAACCCGCUGCUGCCAGUUGUCUACAACCAAAGGAUCAAGAUUAACGCGGAAACAGCGAAAGGAGAAGAGUGGAUCAGUACUGGUCUUUACCUCUCUCCUGGUAUGAAGACCUUUGUGGCCAUACCGACAGGAAUAGUCAACAAGGGAUGGCAGAUUCAGAUUGGCUGCCAAACGGAUCAGCUGAACGCCGCGGAGCUGAAGCGGGCGCCACGCGUGCACGAGCGAUUCCCCGCCACCUCAGAGAUGGUGCAGGUGUGGAACCUGUGGGGCGGACUCAUCUACCUGGUGGCCCCACCCACAACAAAAGCAGAGGGCUUGGAAGUGGUAGUGCAGAUGGCUGUGCCUGCACCCUACUACAAAUCGGGGGUGACAACGGCAUCCGAUUGGUCGCUGGUGCGCACAGCUCCCUCUCCCUGGGCAGAGUUGGAGUUUGACAACAUCAUCCUCACCGUACCCUCAGAUGCGGUGCGGAACCUGGACGGCCCCGAUGAGCUGGCGGCCCACUGGAACAACAUCAUGCGGGCCAUUGCUGACCUGGCUGUCAUACCGCACAAGUUUCCACGCAAAGAACGUUUUGUGGCAGACGUGCAGAUUUCCCACGGCUGGAUGCAUGCAGGCUAUCCUAUCAUGGCACACAAGUCCACAGCAACUGAGCUGGUCAGUGUUGAACAUGCAAGGACUAAUGGCCUGUGGGGCCCCAUCCAUGAGCUUGGACACAACCAGCAAAGAGGCUGCUGGGAGUUUCCAUCACACACAACAGAGUGCACAUGCAACCUGUGGUCAGUGUAUGUUCAUGAGGAGGUGUUUGGGAUCAACAGGGCAAAGGCUCAUCCAGCCAUGACUCUGGACAAUCGAAACAGUCGAGCAAAGCAGUAUGCCCAGGGGGACAGGAAUCUCAGCGGCUGGGACAUGUGGGUUGCCUUGGAGACGUACAUGCAGCUCCAGGAAAAGUUUGGCUGGGAUGCCUUCAAGAAGGUGUUUGCUGCCUAUCACGAGAUGAGCAACUUCCCCGGUGACAACAAAGGAAAGAUGAACCUGUAUGCUGAGACGUUCUCUCAAUCAGUGGGGAUGAACCUGACCGGAUUCUUUAAGGCCUGGGGGUGGCCCAUAGAAACAGCCACCGAGCAGAAGCUCUCCAACCUGCCUCCCUGGAGUGAUCACCCCAUGGUCCAGUACAACUGA